CUGGUCAACCAUCCGCGCAGACCCAUAAAUACCCGCCUUAUACAUUCCACCUCGCCAAUCCCCUCUUGACCGCCAACCUCUACCACCAUUUUCCCGCUCAUCAUCUUACCUUCUACCUGCCGCCCCCAACCAUCAUGCAUUUCUACAGUACCAUCAUCGCUCUCACCGCUCUCACUGCCGGCGUCAGAGCCCUACCACCUCGCAGAGUCACACCGCGCAAUACAAUCGGUAACGUCAUGACUGGUACAGGCGGGCUAGCACCUGGCGGGUCGGUCAACGGUGCAAGCACAAACUGCACAGACCCCUUGGGUUUGUCGUUGGGGUUGGGAUGUUUACUAGGUGGUAGCAGUGUCGCAAACAUCGAAUCAAACAACGCCGGAGCAGGAGGGGUGGGAAGUUCAGGUUCGGCAGCCAUCCAAAGGGUUGGGUCAAAAAAGUUUAGAACGUCAAAGUUCAAGGGCGUUCCCGCAGGGAACGUGUCCACUGGAAUGGGUGGAUUAGCAUCAGGUGGCUCGGUCAACGGCGUCCCUGGCGGUCUCGUCAACAUCGGCUCAAACAACGCAGGAAACGGCGGGAUGGGAACGAGCGGAGACGCACUAUGAGCGGUGAAAAAGGAGGAAGGAAGCCUCCACAACCUAAAUGCACAAACUAGACUUACGAAGCAUAGAUGGCAUGCACACGGACUACUCAUUUGUACUAUAUCACACUGCACUAUCCUCGCAUUAAAACGGGUGAAUGGGUGACGCAGGUGUACAAUUGGCAUCGCCGUCUUGUACAGCUUGCAAAUAAGAAAUCCAC